AAAUUUCAUUCAUCUACCAACGACAUAGACAUGUUUUUCUCGUGUUAAAUAUUUUGCAACAAAAAUGCCGGUCUCGGAUUCUCUAGAGGCCAUUGCUAUGAGGCAGGAGGCUGAACGAUUUGAGUCUGUCUGCCCGAACAUUCAAUCGCUAUACGACCUUCUAGAAGAAAUCGACAAUGUGCCAUUGAAGCGCAAAAUGAGAGAGCUAGUGAAUCGCAUCGAGGGUAAGUCACCUUUCAGACUGGAUUUUUGGGAGGAUUAGUGGCUCAAAGUCUAGAAGCUAUCGGUGUUUCGAAAGCCUAUAAACAGAACCUUUAUGAGUUUUUCUAUUUCAAAUUUAUAGUGCAAGCAAUAAAUCUAUGAUGACGAUAAGGUGUAAAACCAAGUAUAAUUUAUUCAAUUCACUGACGUUGAAAUGGAGAAAUGCGAGGGCAGCAAACCAUCACUUGACUUUCGUUCUUUGCGAUAUAUAUGUGGCAGAUUGUAAACAAAGCUAUCCCGCAAAACUCCGAAGAAUUCUCAUUUUCUUUGAUUUUCUCGAUAUCUGACCAUGCACGUUCCUUGUGAUCUCAGAAAAAACGCGCUAAGCAAGUGUGUUUGCCUUACUGGUAGUUUCAGUGAAGAUCGAUUAUUUUGGAAAAAAAUUAAAAUUUUGAGAAGAUCCCGUGUUGUAAAAACGAGGCAGGAUAACUUAUGCUUUCCUUCAUGUACUUACCAUAUAUAUGGUCCACAAAUAUGUUGCAAGCGCGUCGAUUUCGAAAUGUUAUUUUCUAAAUUCACCUGAUCGAGAUUUUACCUUUUGUUUACAUGCAUGCCGUGACAACACAGUGCAUGUAUAACUGAUUUUACAGCACUCAACGGUUUACUGUGUUAUCGCGCCAGAAAUUUCGAUCCUCAUCUCAUCACAUAUUUUCAAUGUGUUCGAAUCUCAAGGUCACCUUUUAUUAACAGUGACUGGUGAAUUUAAACAAGAAUUUAUUUAGCAAAGCAAGAACUCGCUGAUGUGGCCACUUCGUACAUGACAAAAGAAAAAUGUUUACUUUUUCAGCUGUAUCUAUUUAAAAUAUUGAGUGGUGUAAUUUCAAGCGCUGAUCUACGUAGUGUCGUCGCUAGAACAGCUUUUAAAAAUCAUCUUUUGUUCUAGUAGAUUCCAUGACUUUCCUUGCUCGUUUCACGUCUUCAGGUUGUCAAUUUCACCGUCAUAAGAACCUCUGUAAUUUACGAGCAGAAGAUUAUUUUUGUUGUCUGAAAUUUGUUUUCUUAAAAAGAGUCACCUAUUUGCAUUUCUUGUGGUGUACAUGUAAAUCAAAAUCAAAUAGACUUCUCCCUAGGGAGAAAUAAAAUAGGAGAGUAAUUUGGCAUCCUUUGGAGAAAUAGACAUAAUGUCAACAGAACAGGCAAAUUUCAAUAGGUUAUUAUUUAAAACCAAAACGUAUGUAACGAUUACUUUGUGGAAGAAAUGUGUUCUAGAAUUGGGGCGAUGAGGUGAAUAUGUAGGACGUUUGAUUCAUCAAUAUAUAUAUAUAUAUGUAUGAUUUCAUUUUUUUUCUUUUGCUUGUGACUAUUGGUGCUUUUAACCAAAAAUUUUAUAUUUACAUAAAUGAAGACAGCACUUAUUUCAAGAGGCAAGAAGAAGCCAUUUGAAAUUAAUACUUCUUCAAUUAACAGAUGUUGUUGAAUGACAAAAACAAUAUUAAAACAUUGCAUGAAUUUUGCUAGUUUAAAAAAUGUGUAAGGAAGAAGAAAUAUUCUUUGGAUAUUUUGUGUCUAAAUCAUUCAAGAGAAAUUGUAACUUUUAUCUUUUACCGGUAUAUAACAAAUUUAGCGUAGGAAAGUUUCAGUGGAAAGGAGACAUUCCCAAAUUAAAGUUUUAUCUCUAUGCAUCUUAAUAACCCUAAAAAUUCAAAAUGUAAAAUGUGGCCUACCUACAACUGUUGGGCAUUUAAUUUGUUUAUUCAGUCUAGCUUAAGUAAUAUAUUUUUCAUAAAAUAAAGCCUUUUAAUUCUAGGUACUGAGCUGCCUUGUCAUACAAAAUGACAGUUUUCUAGACUGUAUUUACUGAAGCUUCAUAGAUCGUUGCACACUUUUUUGAAAGUAUAUGACUGGCAAUCUAAUGAAGGGUAUACCAUAUAGCACUGAAAUGUACAUUCAGGGAUGUAGCUAAGGAAAAGAUCGAUAGAUAAGCAGGCUUAUUAAGUAGUCAAGCUGGCUUUUUUACUCAUCUGCAUCUCUAAAAUUGCCCGAUGUCUUUUUUGGGCACAAUUUGAGCUGGAGCCAGCAGCCAGCCCUUAUUGACAUUCCUGCGUAUUACAUUAUGUCUGCACAGCAAGUGGUAUGCCAUUCUAUACAAUAACCUGGAACACAAACUGAAUGUCAUUGUAAGCAUUUCUUGAUAGUUUUUUAUCUUUGACCUGCUACAAAUGCCUUAAACCUUUGCUGCAAUGAGCACCACCUUAUUUGAAUUGAACAUUUUUUUCUUUUUCUUCACCUUUCUUUUUUAUUUUAUUUUUCAAUCCUAUAUUAUUUUUUUGUGUCAUAGGUGAUUGGCAGCUUAUUAAGUGCCCACCGGUGACUCAUUGAGCUCGAGUUUUCUGGAGGCUUGAUAAAGGGGUUUGCUAGACACUCUAGUGGAACUAAUACCAAAAUGCUCCUUUUAAGGAUUUAUACUAAAAAAAUUACACACACACAUGUACAGGGCUGGAUUACUUUUAACUUUUAGUGAUUUUAUCGUAACAAACUGGCACAGAAAAUCAAAAUGUGAAACACUGAAGAGAUUUCUAAAAGAUACUCUGAAUGAAUCUUAUUGUUUGAUUUAAAAAUAAGACUGACAGUUUUCUGAACUUUCUUCAGCCACCAAAUAUUUUACUGGGCAGGUAUAAUUUAUAUUCAUUCAUAAAGCACAGGACACUUGGGAAUUUCUGGGUUAAAAGGUUUUUUAAAAGAAAGAAAGAAAGGAAAAAAAGAAUAGCAAAAGGAAAAUCCAUCUGCCACCAGAUAUUAGGGCACUGAUCACCACAUAUUAUACCAAAAAGCAGGAACCAGCUUUUUAAAAUUUAUGGUCAAAACUGAAAAAUAUUUACAUGUACCAGAUGAAUGUUUCUUUACUCUUUUUGUGUGACACACAAUUUGCAUAGAGCCUGAGAAAACAGCCAAAAUUUUACAAUGUUACCACUGGUUUCCUUGCGAAGUCUAGGGAACAAGUGCAGAAAUUCCUUAUUGAUGAUGUGCCGCUAUGUAACCUUAUUGGUUGAAGCAAAUUUUCCUUGUGGCAUGACCAACAAGAAGCACUACCCAGAUAUGGACAGUAUCACGUCAUAAAUAUGGAAUUUUUAAGCUUGUUCCUCAGACAUUCUUUUGCGGAAAACCAGCAUCAUGAAAUGCUACAGUUGACGUCUGGGACAGCCCUAAUUACUGUUUUUCAAAAAAAUUAAAAUGUGUUUUUGGUAGUGUCCAUGCAGCUAAGGUCACAAAAAUUAAUGGAAUGUAUGCAGUGAGUUGUUAAGCUUGAAGGUGACCACCUUAUGGUACUUAAUUUGGCGUUUUUUCGCAAUGAUAAAAAAAUCAUGGAAUUAAAGACCCGUGAAUAAAAAUCCCCAUCAAAUUUAAUAAUUUGUCUUGUGUGUAAAGAAAAUUCAAAUCACCGGAAAAAAGGAUAACAUUUAAUAACAACAACAUAUAAACGAUAUCGACAAAUACACAAAUUAUUAACUGUGAACAUUAUAGUCACAAAAUUUAAUGCCCCUUUUCAUAUUUGCAUGUUGAAAUCAUGAAAACAAAAGCAUGCAAAAUACUGUCUCACCAAAAUCUUGAAAUUAAGUACCUGCAAAUUUAAGUACCAAUAAGGUAUCUAAACGUCAAUUUUGUUCCUUUUUCCAGAAUCCUUUUUGAACAGUCCAGAGUUUACAACCCUUAGAGUGGACAGCAAUUGUGAAUUACGCUUGGUGAGUCUUAAUUCUCUUGUCUCCUAGUGCUAUCACCUCCCCAAAGUUUCCCUGAACACUUUACCUUCCCCCGACCCCUACAUUUACUCAUUAUUCCGAAUAAAAACUAGUGUGCAGUUGAAACUUGUUAAAAGGGAAACCAUACACUGUGGCAAAAAAUAGAGUCUGUCAUAACCGUCCAUACCCAAAAGUUUGGCUUUAAGUUAGAUAUUCAGGGAUGAGAAUAUUUUUUUGUUGUUUUAAUUGGUUGUUGAAUUGUGGACUAGACCCUUGUCAGCAAAAAGGGGCUUUAUGCUCAUUUUCUCCUAGAAAAUACAAUUUCAAGCAUUCUAGUUUAUCAAUAAAGAAUACCUAUAAUGACAAAUUUUAGUAUUUAACAAAAAGAUUCCAUGUUGCCAUGCAUAUGUUCAGAUACAUGGGAUAGAUGACGUCAAACUGUGGUCAGAACAAAAAAAUGGCAGAGGAGUCACAGGCUAGUGUGUGUCACUCUUACAGCAGUGAGACGUCCUGUAGGCAGCUGCAGUGUACAUACUGCCAGCAAAUGGCUUUUGAAAUCCAUGGAGAUGCCUCUCAGAUCUCCCAGACUUUUCAGGGGGAACAUAUUCAACUGGGCCAAAUGGUUCAAAACUUUAAGACAGUUAGAAGAAAUACAAAAGUUAGUUUCCACACCAAAACACAUAAUAAUACUACAGCACUAUAUGCUCUGUUUGUACAUUGUAUAAUACCAUGCUCUGUUUGUAGUUAACCCAGAUUAUGCUCACCGUGCUUUAAACAACAUGACCUUGCAUGAUAUUUUUUUGCUUGGACUCUCACAGUUUAUUUUUUAUAGGGCAUUGUUGGUAGCUCAAUCUCUGGCAAGUCGGACUUAUUGCACAGAUAUCUGACUGGUCAGUAUGCAAAGGUGGAUUCAUUCACUGGGCGCCACAAGAAGGAAGUGUGUUAUGAUGGGCAAAGCCAUCUGUUAUUGAUCAGGAACGAGACUGGACCUCCUGAUUUGCAGGUAUUCAAUAUUUAGAUGAUGAUGAUGAUGUUGAUGAUGGUGAUGGGGAAAAGAAUGAUAAUCGUAAUCAGUGAUUUUGUUUCCUCUGCGUCCUGCAUCCCUGACACAUAAAAAUCCCCAAAGACUCACAAAAGUUCAUGGCAUGUGCCCUGUAGGAUGCGAAGAUCAAUUGAUCAAUCUAAAGAUGUUUUUGUAGAAUAUCCUCUUUGUGUGAUCUCUGUGGAUGUUCUCAUCAGUCACUUCAACUAACUUUAGUCCACUUUUUCAGCCAAUCAAAACUAGAAAUUUUCCGAAGUUAAAUUACUGUUCAGAAAGCCACUUCAAAAUCUUGCUAGCAAGAUAAAGGUUAAGACGUAUUUCAGUACUUUUGGGUCCUUAAGAUGUAUUUUAGUACCUCCAUAUGAAAUGGCAAAAUUUUCAUCAACCAAAACACUAUCAAGGCUACAUGUCCACUCUUACGGGCUGUCUGUUGGUGUAAUGUAGCUCGUGAAAAUUUUUUUCUUUUCCUUAUAGUUUACACAGUGGGUGGAUGCAGUGAUCUUUGUUUUUAGCCUGGACGAUGAGCUUAGCUUUAGUGUUUUAUCCAGUUACUAUGCAAAAAUGGCUCAAUAUAGGAAGUACAUAUCGGAUAUUCCUGUGGUGCUGGUUGCAUUAAAUGGUGAGCAAAAAAAAAUCAAAUGAGAUAGUUAAAAAAAUAAUGAAACAAUAUAGGAGUUUUUUGGAGAGGGAAUUGGGCAGUGGCGGGGGUGGGGUAGUAUUUGGUGCAUUUUGGGUCUGGCCACACCCUGCAAUACCUUGGGACUGGGUCGGAUGAUGUGACUUAAGAGAUUUCCCGAAUGGAGACUUCUGCCUCUGGUUUAUGUUAUUUCAUUUUCGAGGGUUAAGUUAAAACUUCCUAAACUCAAACUUUCCACCUUACUUGUCUUUAAAGAGUGACAAAUGCCGACCUUUAAUUUGCUUCCGGCAAUUCCUUAAUCAGAUCAAUUCUUAAGCACGAUGUCAGCUUUGUAAGGUUUGGCUCCUGGGUUUGGCUUAGGGAACAACUUAAGAUUACCCAUUUUCAGGGCGAAAACGUGUCCGAAUGCAGAAAUAAGAAUCAAAAGAAAACAACGUCAACAAUAACAAAAAUACACACAAUUUUGAUUUUUAUAAUUAUGCCACGUUCAUUCUUUUAGAAAAUAUAAAACAGGUGUCUUUUUUUUCCCCAAAGACGGUGUUAUGAGUAUUGAUCAGUCAGGGAUUGUAAGCACGCAGCGAAUAAAGAAGCUUAUAUCAGAACUUAAACAGUGUGUCUACAUGGAGGCCUCGGCUCUGACAGGAGACAAUGUGGAUCGUGUUUUUAACACAGGUUAGUUCUAAUUCCAUAAUUUUUUUUGGUUAGGCUUAUAUCUCUUAAAUACUCAUCUUCAAAGCUUCCGGUUAAAGAAGCCUAACCAUUGUGUUAUCGCUUAGUGUGUUGGUCAAAAAUGGCUCUAAAUUAAGUCUACAAGAAGUUCGCCGUGCAAAUAACUAAAGAAUCUUUACUUAACGACCAGUAAGCUACUUUUUUUAUUCAAAAGUAGCCUGCGUUACAGCCCGCCCUCGCAUCGUCCAGACUAUUGGCUUUAUACCGGCGGUUUAGCAUGUCUGCGACACAGGCCGCAGGCUACGCUGAAGAUACUUUUACUUACCUAAAAAGUCCACCGGUUUUAACAGAUACGUACCUCUUCAUUCUUUUAAAUUUCUUUCAAACAAUUAGGUUAAUUUCAUUACAAUAACAUUUGAGUACAUACACUGAAGGUUGGUUGCUGCUUGUAGGUUUCAAAACCGGCAUCUUCCUUUUAUUAGCGGCAAUCGCUGUUAAGUUAAAAAGUAGCACAGAGCUUGUACGUAACUGCUGUAAUCCGCAAAAAUGUCUUACAUACAUGGUGAACCUGACUUUCUUCUUCUUUUUUACUUGUAAAAGCGAUUCUUGUCGUUGAAAAUGUUUCACGCCCAAGUAUGGUUUUUUGGCAAAUGGCGACAACAGGUCUGCAGUUUUGUCAGUUUUAUCUUUCAAACACCUGGAACUUUUUUAAAAUAAACUUUCAAUCGAUUCCCAACAAGUUUAGUAAAUCAGGAGCGUAUUAGUUUGACCGCGGUUAGGGUGUUAUCCAUAGUCCUCCUCUUUCGCAGACGUUCCUCUAGCUCGUUCCACAAUCCUGCGGGCUAAAAGAGCCUCGGCGCAGGAGUGAGGCAAAAGCCACAUGCACUCCCUUGAGUGCCUUCUUCUUGAGAUCUGGUUUGUAGAUCGCUGGACUUUUCAAUGAUCGUUGCGAUCUACGGAAACCAAAAAUAAUGUCUCAGCGAUCUAUGAAGAGUUGUUUCUACAUUAAAUUGCGGCGAUCGCUGGACUUUCAUUUUAGCCAUCCUGCCUAAACUCACCUUAACCCUUUUUAGCUUUUUUUGUCCAAUGUCAAAGAAACCUUUUUAACAAGUUGCUCUUAAAAUCUCAAGGUCAUUGCGAAACAAUGCGUGUUAGUGUGGCAUUGACCUUAGCAAAACGGGGGCGUUGUGCUUGUUGCGAAGGAUCAUCCAACCUCUCCAACCUGCUUUUUAACGCGAAAGCGUUCAAAAUUGUGCCAAGUCGUGCCACCUUGUGGUAAAUUCGAGUCGUCACUGUUUAAUUGCGUAAAAUCGUCAAAUAAACGACAUUUUUUAUGGCAAAAUGUACAUGUGUUGUACUGUUAAGCUGUUAGCCUGUUUGACACUGUUGACAGGGAUUGGAAAGGCAGAAAGGGAGGAAUUUAGGAAUUUCUCACGAGCAGUCAUCUCGAGGCCUCCCUUACAGCUCCCCACACACCCCGCCCGGCGCAUGCGUUUCACACAGUUUGCACUUGUCUUUGUGUUGUGUGAAACGUGUUAAAAUCGUAAGCGAUGUUUAUUUUUUGUUUCCUAGCUGCUUUCUUUUCUGGGGCUCAUCGUGCAGUCAGCCUGUUCAGUCUUACUCCUCACUCACUCAAAUCCUCAGAACGUAGUCCCGCUCCCCCCCCCCGUCCCCCUUCCGCUCGCCAGCGAAAAUAGCACUAAGUAUUCACUGUUUACAGAAACAGUUCCAAUUGAAUCACUUCAAUCAUUAUUAUCUGCACUUUUAGAGCCCACCUGACGAAUUUGACAGUGUAGCACAGCCCGAAUAAAAUGAUAACGAAAAAGGGAAAAAUUAUUGCGCAUGAUUAUUAUGAUUCAUAAUUUCCCCAUUUUUGUUCCUGCUGUCCAUAAGAGGGAUGACGCUAUUUCCGAAUCACUUUCUUUUUCUUUUCUUUUCUUCCCCUUUGUAAUAAUAAUCAUGCGCAAUAAUUUUUCCCUAGGAAAGUGGUUCGGAAAUUGCGUCAUCGCUCUUAUGGACAGCAGGAACAAAAACGGGGAAAUUAUGAAUCAUAACAAAAAUAUUUGCCGUUUUCACGUUAAUAUGCAAAUUUUGGAAAUUAUUUUUACCUGGUUUAAAUUUACAAGUGGCUUGAGAAAAAGGUGCGAAAUGCUGGUAACACAAUCAUUUAAAUGAUUUCGUGGAGGAAGUUUUGUUAUUCUAAGUAAUAAAAGUCAUCUAUGGGAUAAAAAGAAAGUAACUAAUCUUGUUAACCCCCUUCGCCCGCCAGCCAGCCGUGUUAAACCGGAAAUGUUUCCUUCCCAAUCAGGCAUGACAUAAAAUAAAGGUUUGACACGAAACAGAAGUGGCAGAAAUGGCAACUUACGUUAGGUUAGAUAUUUUACAUAUAAUUAUAAAAUUUUGUGACGUUUAUUGUGUGGCUUAAAGUGCACAAAAUUUACUUAUUCUUUUAAGUGAAAUAUGGCACUUAUUUUCCGGAAGAGAGACGAUCUUCGGUUUAAAAGUAUUUGUGAAAUUUGAAACGUGCAAAACAUUGUUGUUAAUGAACGGUUAGCCGCUGACCGACAUUUUCCCAAGGACUGAGCAAUAAUUGACUGAUGAGAGAUACUGUUUGUACUCCUAGCUGGCUUGAUACCGAGAUUUUUGAUCAUCUUUGAGAAAGAACAGGUUUAGAAAAGAUUUUUCUAGAAUUGAAACGGAUAGAAGUAGUGUUCAUCGACAAAGUUGUUCCGCACCUUUUCUUUGAAAGGCGGGCUGUAGCGAUUGGAGGCCGAGCAUAAGCUAAAAGACAAAGACACAAAGGUGGGAUUCUUUCACCAUGGAGUAGCUUGCAUUGAGGAAACGAAAGUUCUGGAAACAUUUACUUAGUUCAGACAUCUUCUACGAAGGUAAUAACUUCAUCGAAUGGUCUUUUCGUCGAUGGUUUUUGCUUGGGAGAGAUUUGGUCGUCGCGAAUCUGGCAUCCGUAGUGACAAUUAUAAUCAGUUUGUGUUGGAGAAGAUUUGAUUACAUUUGAGCCUUCUUUAAAUAGCAUAAAAAUAAUUAUGAUGCGAAGAAGCUUUCAGCUCUCUGGAUCUUACGAUAUCAUCAGGGAUGCAACAGAUCUGGCAAGUAAGUCUCUAGGUUUUCAGUUUCUUCGAUUCUUUUAGCUUUCAAGCUAAAAGUAAGUGCAGUUCAAGGGUUUAUUGAUCUUCUUUUUUUGAAGCCCAGCGUUAUUGCUGUAGUACUUCACUUUUGCUUUUAUCUGUUGUCUGAUGCGUGUCGCAUACGAGAGUCUUUGAUAAUGAUCGUCUUUCCGUGAAAUUAAUUUUCAAGAUAAUAUUUAUAACGACAGUCGUCUCUUUUUAAUAUAGUUUGUUGUUUACUUCAAUCUGCAAAUGAGAGCACAGCGAGCUGUUAAAGUUAGAAUACUGUAGUCAUAGUUUUUCACUACAAAUUUACACAAUCGAGUCCUUGGCUCUAUAUUUUCGCAGUUGUUUUAGUUAAACAGAAAUAUUGCCUUCGAUGUAAAUUUUCUUGACACACAUUUGGCAGAUGUAAAGAUUUAAUUUUGCCCGUUGCACGAGUCUUGAUAUUGAUAUCUCUUGCUGUCACAUAUUAGAUUCGACGUCCAAUUCUAAUUACUAUCUUGAAUUAGAAAAUUACACUACAUAAAAUUAGUUAUUGUCUCUUUGCUCAUUCUAAGUAUCGAUUUUGGGUGUUUCUCGAUUUCUUCUCUCCAAAGUUCUUUGUAGACCCUGGUUUCUUUCGAACAUAGUAUAAAAGUUUAUAGUGCGCGGUUCGAGAACUCAGAAACAUCAAAACAAACACUCACUAAAUUAUGUUUGUUGAAAUGAUAUUUAAGUUCUCGAAUCCUUGCUAGCAUGAAGAAAAGACCCGUGAUGAAGUUUGCAUAGCUACAAAUGUACAACGUAAAUUUCCGGCGGGUUGUUCAGUAAAAAAUAUUUUUUGGCGUCGAAUUCCACCACAUAAUACAAUUCAAGUCGCUUAUGCUUACGCUUACGCUUGCACAUGUUCAUCGCCGGAAGUUUUUCCUACACCUAUGCCCUGUCAAAAAUCAUGUUACUUAAUUCUCUUGAUUUUAUCGUGCAGUGUUUGGCAAUUUGUCAUCGCGAUCUUUGUAAUUUUACGUUCCUCUUUAGCGGUAACAAGUCUUUCUGUUUUCGUAGCAAUCAGCCACUCAGCAUAAUUUUCAAUGUUGUGUUUACAUUAUUUCCCGCUGUGUUGGCGGGUUUGUACUUUGUAACUUGUUCGUUUGUAAUAUAAUAAGUACUCGCAUGUGUUUAGAACUCUUGUUACUUGAUUUGCCAGGAAAACUUGCUUUGAUUUAAUUCCGCUGGAGAAAAGAUAAUUUUUAUUGGCUUUGCUCAUGGUACUGAGUGAAAUUUAAUUAGUCCGUUUGUGAAAAUGUAAUUCUUAUGCUAGUCGAUGUUUAAUGAAUACAAAAGAAUGCUAUUAAUUGGAAAAUUAUGGCGAAAACACAAUAAAAAUAAUCCGUUACAUUAAAGGCAGUGUUUUGCUUGUGAAGAGUAUUUCCUUAAAAUGUGAAAGUACAGUCAUCUCUUUUCUAAAUGAGUUAUUAUUUACGAGUUAGAAUCUUAUUUGGAGUGUGGAAAUUUUUCCGAGCUUUCAGUUGUUAGUUUUGUCUUCUUGCUAAAUUAUACAGUUUUAUGCUUGUAUGCUGGUGGAUGGCAAGUCCACCAUGUUCCCGAUGCAGUACUCAAUAACUGGUGUUAUACUACUACAUGAGAAAUUUCUGCAAUUUGAUUGGCUUAGCUAGAGCAGUGGUAUUUCAGCUUAAUUUGAAAUACCUACAUGUGAAAAUUACAAACCUUUUGCGGGUCGUAGUAUAAACAAAUAAUAGCAGGAUUUGUAUGUGAUAUUUGGCAUAAAUACCACUCGUGAUAUUUCAAAGUUGUCUCAAAUUUCACUCGCCUAUCGGCUCGUGAAAUUACAUGUAACAAUUUUGAAAUAUCACUCGUGGUAUUUAUGCGAAAUAUCACCACAAAUCAUGCUAUUACCUAUACUAAUUGUAACUUAAAUUUGUCCCAGCUUGCCAUAGAGCCUCCAGUAGCUCACUAGUUAGACCUUCUGAUUUAGAACUUGGUGCGUUGUGAGUUUGCAUAUCAUCUGGAUCUUGUAUAGAUUUCUCUUGAAACCUUUGAUUGUGGUAGAUUUAUAUUGGAUAAUGGCUGCCAACAUUCACUGGCCAGGGUAAAAUUAAGUUUGUUCAGGAAAUGCUUGAUCAAAUUAAGAAUUUUUCUUAAUAUGAUGCUAAUUGUACAAAUUUUAUUUUAUGGAUACAAUGUUUACAAAUGAUAUUACUGAUAAAAAUUGAAAAUUUGAGCGUGGAUCAAUUUUUCCACCGAUGUGGAAUUGAGGCAUCAACAAAACCUGGAUUGGACCAGAUUGCAUCGGAUCAAACCCUGUAUUUCACUAAACUACAGAAGGUUAGGGAUAGGGUUACAGGGGUUGAACUGAUCUGGUCCAAUUUAGAUUUUGUCAAGGGCCAUUAAAAAAUGUACUCAUGUAAAAUAGAAAUGACAUGUUUGUGUAUUUUCUGACACAGUUUUUCUAUCAGUUUAAUCAAAUAUUUGACAUCAAGUACGUUUUGAAUUUGUCAUUAUAUUAAUCUUAUAGGAGCCAAAUUUUGCCAUAUUGACCUAUCAUUGGAUACGGUAUAAUUUUCCCUCUCGCAACUUCAUCCUAGCUCAGGCACUUUAUGCCCUAAAAGAGUGGAACUUGUGGAAACUAACUGCCUAAUAAUACCAGUACACUUGUACUAUUAUUAAAGAAAAAUGUACAUAAAUUCAAGUUUAUUAAAUUUUAAUGCCCAUAUAUUACUAAUUAAUUUUUGACAGUUUUUUAUCCAUCCCACAAUCUCUUGGUUAGAUCUCAAGGUUAUGAGAUUUUUAAUUACUGUUUUUAAGUUAAUUUAAAGUUACAAACCCAGCUGAGAUGUGACACCUGUUGCACUAGUCAUCUCUUUAUGGUUCAAUAUUUUUUUAUAUUCAGGUUAACUUUUUUCACCUAGGAUGAAUCUCAAUUUCUCUUUGUCUCCUAGCCCUAAUUCCUGAAUAAUUAGGCCUGGGAUUUUGACUUGUAUCAUAAACAUGAGAAAAUACUGUUUUAAAAUUGUUCUGGAUAUUGAGGUCUUUAUCAACAAUUUUGGUUAUUUAAAGUCACACACCCUGCUGAGCUUUCAUACUUGUUGCCUCAGUUACCUUAUACUCGUAGGAAGUCAUCAAUCUUUGUUUUAGAUAAUGAGAUCUUUAUCAAUUCUCUUGGUUAAUUUCUAUAAACCCCUGCUGAAAUGUCACAGAUUAGUACACAUGGAAUAUAAAAGUAACUUUGUAAGCUUUUUAUUCUUAAUUGUACACCUUGCCCUACACCAUCUCAAAAUGUUGGCCAUAAAGAGACCAAGUAUAUUUAGCACUCUAAUGCAGGAAAUAAGAAAUGGUAAGAACAUAAAAGAAGAGGCAACCAGCAACCUAAAAUAUUUUAUGGGUUCCUAAAAGAAAAAGAACAAACAAACAAAAACAGCAACAGAAAGUAAUCUUUAAAGUAGUGCUCUGAUGCAAAAGCCAGAUUUAGUUGUCACACUGAAUGUAGACUGUGGGAAUGUAGACACAAAGUUAAGAAUUGAAAAUGUCUUUGGUAUUGGAAGGCUAAGUAUGGACAAGAAAUGAUGCAAUUCUGGUGUGUGUAGCCUUGUUUGCUGUCACCAGGGAGGGUGUUGAGCAUGCUCAGUUAUUAAGACUGCUCUAAAAUCUUCAGUCUUCUCCUAAGCUGUGCUCAUGGCAUUGAAAACCUGUAAUCUGAGGGCCAUGAUGAGUGUUUGCUUCUGUGGCUUUCAUUUAAGUUCACAGAAACUGAAAGUGUGUUCAUUGUUCUUAUUUGUCACUGAAAAUUUUUUGUCAACAGCCAUUGAAAAGCUGAUACAAGCAAAAACGGAAACAAGUCCUGUUCUGACAUCAUUUGAUCCAAUCCACUCGCCAACAGCAAGGGACCCUCCUGAUCAAGGACAAACGAAUGUCCCUUCACAGAGCCCUGUUAGCAGUGCGGCAUCAACACCAUCAUCUUCAACCAAACGAUCGUCAAGAAGAAGAACAAUGCUGUUCAGUUCUUCGGUAUGUACAUUGUAAUCAGAGUUAAUAAAUAACACUGCAUUGUGUUCUUUCUUAGUCACUAUGUAUUGUUAGUGAGGUUGCCGUGUCAUAAUCAAAACAGGUUGAACCCAUUUUGCUUCCUUUCGUCUUUUUAUAUACUACCUUAUGCAUUGCUGGUAGAAUAGAAAACACCAACUGUAACAAGCCUCUCAGUUUGAAAACAACUGAAUGGAGAAGGGCUCAAGACUCACUCUUCUAUCUACUAGCGAUUAUGAGUUAGUGACAGGCUUAAUUUUGUUUUAAAAUGUGUAGAAAAUCCUCAAGAGGCCAUGUAAUGAUGAAAUUAAUGUUUUGUUAAUGAUGGAAGUACAGUUAGCAGUUAGUAUGAAAAAUUUUAGAAUCAAGAUGGUAUCACAAUGGGUUCUUGGAGUGAAUUGUUCGGAAGGAGAAAGAAUUAUCAACUGAUAUACACACAAUAUUUUGAAAUUCAAUGCAAAACUGAAACGUUUUUCCCCUUCCAUGUUGAAAUGUUUCAGUGGCUUUCAGUUUUCCAAGAAUUUCAGUUUCUUUUUAGAUAUUCAUAUGUAGGUACAGACACUCAUCUUACUGUUCCUCAUGAAGACUUGUUCUUGCUUUUUGGUUAGUAGGAAAUAACAAAAUAAGGUUUUAGUUGGUAUUAAUAACCUGUUAUUGGUGAUUUGGACUUCUAGUGCAUUAGCAACAACAUUUUGAUGUACGAUAUGUAAGCAACAAUACUUUGCACUCACGACAGGUGAUUCCUGUAAUUUCCUUAUGAAAGCAGCUAGUUUGUGCAGAUGGGUGACUAAAGCUUUUGGUCGUGGAUUAAUGUUUAUAUUUUUAUUUCAAGAUUGUGUCCUAAGUUAGAAAUACUUUAGUAGUGUGUGCAAGUUCAGUGAUUCUGGCACUGUUUUGUUCUGGCCGUUGAGCUAAUGAUUUCAGGGAAUUAAGUAUACACAUAAUUAUUCAAAUAAUUAUGGAUUCAUUAUAUUGUUUAAUUAAUAGGCACAGCAUUCUCAAGCCAAUGUAAGUUAAGUCCUUCCACUGACUGUAUACAAAUUGAACAAACCUCAGGAGUUCACUUCUAUUUCUCAUGGUUUGCUAAUUUACGUGCAUCACUGCUUUAAUCUGAUCCUUGAGGACGAUUGCUUUGUUCCGAGCAGCAAUUCCUUGCUGGGUUGAGAGGCUUCGAGUUAAAACUAUGACUGUUCAUACUGUCACAUCCCUUGUCUAAAAAACGUUGUGGGUAUGUUAUUACUAUUAACAUAAAGUUUGAAUAUUUUUUUAUAGAAAGAAAAGAAGGAGAAGGAAUUAGUGACAGACACAGAUGUUGGAAGUGGGCGAUCAAUUCCCUUAAAACAGGUGGAUUCUAUUAUUACUGGAUCAGUUGUAGUCCCGAUUAAUAAAGUGCAGUUGAGUCGACAAUUUUUGGGCAAUAUUCCAAGGUUUUGAAGGGCAACAAAAAGGAUGUGAGAUAUCUGAUGGAUUUUAAGUCAGUGGAGGCAUGUGUUUCCUGUUAUCAAAUGGUUUUAAUAUGAAAAUGAGACAAGUUCCUGUAGGCAGGGGAGGUUUCUUUUACAGGUCACAUUUCACAGUUUAUGAUUAACCCAUUCGCUCCUGGAGAUUUUGCCGAAAAACGCGUUUUGAAGCUAGUCGAGUGGUUUUCUGGUCACUGUCGUGCUAUAAAGAGCUAAAACUUACCACAAACCGGUCUACAGGUCGUACACUUGGCGGCCUUCUGAUCCAGAUGCAAAAUAUCAGCUUGCGAAGUUCGGGCAUGCGCAGAAAGCAAAAUUUCGACAUAGUUUUUGGGUUUAAAAGUGACACAGCAGUCUUGACUUUUACUUUUCGCUUUCUCUCCUCCCUUCUUUUUUCGCUUUUCUUGCCUCAUUUUUUUUUUCUCUUGCUGGGCAUUUAGUAGGCUUCAUUUUGGUGGGAAGAGUUUUUAGGAAAGCUUUUAGGAUCUUAGGAUUAGGUGAAAGGAAAGGUAGGUGGGUAAUGGAACAAGAUUUUCAUGGAGAUUUUCAGGUCCUUGUCACGUGGUUUUUUGCUUCUUUCUCCGGUGUCCUUGACUGAAUUGUGGUCAUUCUGGUAUGGUUUGAAAGAUCUCUUCACUCUGCACAAGUUACCGAAGAAAGUUGUCCUUCACCGUUAAAACUGAUGACGUCACAAAGGGUAGAAAGGACCUGGAUCCGCACGGGCGGUUACGGGCGGUUCAGGGGCGAAUGGGUUAAAGGUCACUGUUUUAUUGGUGGGUUACUAAAUCAAACAGUUUUUCUUCAAUCUAAAUCAACAUGUUGGAUAGGGUUUAGGGCUAGGAGACACUUCUGGUCCUUUUUAUUUAUCUAUGCCAUGGUAACCUGCAUUCUGACCUGUGGAAUGUGAUCUGCAUUUGUAAAAAAAAUACCAACUGCAAGUUGCUUGCAUGAAAAUGAGGUAAAUUUGCACGACAGGGACAAGGUCUCUACCAAAAUAAUGAUUAAGCGGCCACAAUGCUGACUCUUAUGUUUAAUUACUUAAACGGGCUAUAAAAGUAAGAGAAGUUAAGACAAUCCAUGUUGAUCACCCUCUUUGUACAUGCAGAAGAGUUUAAAUCUGUACAACUUCUUUUGUACUUUGCUGUUUAGCACUGGUGUUGGAAACCAUAACAUCUCCAUAAUUUAAUUUUCCUUUUCUUCCAGGGUUAUUUGCUCAAGAGAAGCACUAGCUCAAUCAACAAGGAAUGGAAGAAAAAAUAUGUUACCCUCCUAGAAGAUGGAGUUCUGGCAUACUAUCGUAAUUUGCAUGUAAGCACCCUAUUAAUCACCGUGAUAUCAAAAGCAUAACACUGUAAAUACUUAAAUUGGUGCCCUCUUUCAAAUAAGUGUCUCCUUCGAAUUAGAUCUGCCUCCCCUUAUUCCAAGAAACCCAAGCCAUUAUAAAAUAAGAAAAAUCACUGAAUAUACAGUAUAGAAGGAGAAUGGAAGGAAUUUAAUUGUAGAACUUAGAGGACCUGAGAGGAAACAGGACUUUGACAGCAACCACUCAGUGAUUUGUGUGUUUCUUCUUACAGAUGCAUGUGCGUUCCAGUUUACUGUCACAGUAAAUGUAUUAACUGGUUGGAAAUUAAGAAAAUGUAAUUUUGAAGCUGAAAAGAGGAACAAAAUAAGUGCACCCUUUAAAUAAGAACCCUCUUCAAAUUAGCCCUCCCCCCCCCCCCCCCCCCCCCCACACAAAAAAAAAAAAGAAAUCCCCCCGCCCCAAAUUUACAAUAAAAUAUUGCCUACUCUCCCCUUUUGCGUAGAAAAAAUAUUUUUUUUUUUCUUUUACCCCCCCCCCCCCCCCCCCACCUGAGACUCAGAAAAUUAAGGUACUUCCCUGCAUGCCAAUUUAAGCAUUAACUUGAGCCUGUCCUCUCACUGUGGUAAACGAGAAUUUUUCUUCAUUGCUUGACCAGAAAAAAAAGUAAAGAAAACAAAGAAUCAUAGAUCUAUAAUAAUAAUAUUGUGAAGGUUGCAGUUUUAAUGCCUCACAAGAAUACAACUAACAAAGGCAGAGUUUAGGCCAUGCCAGCCAAUUUGAAAAUGCAAAUUUUUGUUCCAUAAUAAGCUUCUCUGUAUACAUCCCUUAAAAAAGAGCUUUUGAAAAAAUAUGAGUCUCAGCACUCAGACUUACCAUUAUUACAGUGAUGCAUACACUACAGUCAAUCUAACAAAGUGAAAUUUUUGUGUUAAUUGUUGACAGGACUAUAUGGAUGAUGUUCAUAAGAAAACCAUAACAUUGAAACACACUACUGUCAAAGUGCCUGGAAAAAGACCACCUAAAGCUACCACACCAGCUCAAGGUACCACAAUUUAAACUUGUAUUGUACAAACUUUCCAUGCAUGCCUAGAAAUGAUUUGUUUUUAAGGCAUACUUGAUUCUCAAGCCAACAGUUCUGAAACUUAAGGGUAGCUUUUAUCGUAAAACUGGACUUCCACAGAAUGAUAGCCACCUGACUUAGAGUCAAGCUGAGUCAAACAUGCUCCCAGAGAAUUUUUUAAUGCACUGUUAUUUGAAAAUUGAAUUGGUUAGUCCUUGCUAAUACUGGUAUCAAAUUCAAAUGGACAUUCCUAUAAUGUACAUAACAAGCCUUUGAAUUUUAUGUAGACUACAACUUCCCUGCAUUUGGUCAGAUUAAAAACCUUUCUCACUUUGAAUGGUUAAAAUUCCUAUGAAGAUCUCAUUUCAGUUCAAUGUUUACAUCACUGGGCAGUGAUGUGAAGCUGUUGGCUUUGUCUCAUUUUUCCUUCCUUGUCAAUUGGCAGGGGUCGUAAAAGGACCCUCACAACUGUUUGAAAAGAGUUUGGGACGUAGACCCUGCAAAUAUGUUUGAUCUUUUUAAGGAAGUGGAAGGGGCUGUCAUAACCUGCUAAUCUGACCUCAUGCUGUCACGGUUAUCAAGCUGUGCAUCAAGAAAUACUGAAUCUAGUAAAUCUAAAAUCUAAAAUCAAUACAUAUAAAUUUUUUACCAGGAAAUUCAAGGCCGACAACGCCUCCUAUGGAAACUGAUAACAACAACAGUGGCAGUGAAAUAGGAAUUAACAUUACUGAUGGUGUACAAAAUGGAACAGAUUCUUAUACAAGCUACAACUCUCUUUCAUCUCAACAUGAUAUCGAUGGUGCAUUAGCCAGUAUCGGAAAUCAGUUAGUUACUCCUGCGUCAACAAAUAUCAGUGCUAACUCAACAAAGACUGAUUCUUCAAGUGUAAUUAAGAAAAAGAACAAAAGAAGCAAGCAUACAAAAUCUUGUGAAAUAGACUAUGAGGAGCUUGAAAAGGCUUUAGCAAUUGCUGCAGCCAAUGCAGUGGUACCAUCGGGGUCCAAAGUGGAGUCGAUAAAUGUGAUAUCAGGUAGCGCAAAAAAGAAGGGGCAUAGAAGAGUCAAAAGUGGCAGUGGACCAAAAGUUGAUUUAGAUCCAGGUAAUAGAUGCUUCUAGAAAUUUAUGCUAUAAGACAUUUACUGCUUUUCAAGUCAUCAUCAUCAUCAUUGGUCGACCAAGGAAUAGUCGACUCUAGGUCAUCUCCAGCUGGCUCGGUUUAGGGUAGCGCACACAUUGUCAUCCUCUGAGACAUGCUUAUUUGGGCUGAUCCAUUCCUGGACUUGGCUGGAAAAGGACUUAUGCGGUCUCCCCGGGGUUCAAAGUGGGGGUGGGGGUGGCAGGUUCAUACAAAGCGUAGAUGUUAGUGGGCUCACUAACACUUAACAGACCUUUCCAUGGUUUUUUCCAAUUUUUUUUUUUCAUGGACAAGUUUGGAAGAAUCCACCUCUGGAAAUAAGAGCGCCUUUAAAUUAAGAAAAUUGCCAAGUUUGAAAGUGAUUUGUUUUCAAGUUUUUCAGGCGAGCAGAAAGCUGACGUGGAGUGUAAAACACGCACAAUGGGGGAAGACACAGAAAACGUAUUUUAAAUUAUUAUUAUUAUGAUUGUCAUUAUUAUAGAUUAUUUUUUCUGCACCUUCCUUCGUUGUGUGUGUCAUGCAUUCCAUGUCCGCUUUUUGCUCACCUGAAAAACAUAAGAAAAUAACACCAGCAGGCUAAAACAGAUCCAAAUUAGAGGAGUGUCCACUUGAUUGAGAUUCAAAUAAAGGACUGAAGAAUGGUAGGGACCAACUUUAAGUUUUCAUUUUAGGGAGUUGAUUUUAAGACAUCAUUGACUUUGUUGCAGAAAUGACUGACUGGGAAUUCACUAUAGUAUCAUUAGAAGCAAAAAGCUGGCAGUUUGCUGCAGUUACUCAAGAGGUAAGGAAUAGUCUGUAAUAGAUAAGCUAUCAAAUAUGUAUGGCUUACAAGAAGGAGUGUUUGUCUGUGAUAUAACAAUUUAAGUAGAAGAGGCUCAACAACAAAUUCAGACUUGCUUGCAUCAAGUUUGUUUAUGUCGAAGGUGUCAUCAUCAUCUUUUUUUUUUUUUCUGUCAGGGAAAAGUGAAGCCUGAAUAGCCAGGCCCACUUUACUGGUACUUUUUUUGGGUAAAAAGUUUUCAUUCCUGUUGAAUUUUUACUCUUCCUUUUAUCUCAGAUUGUCUUUGUCUCUCUCAAACUGUCUUUGAAUUUUGACCAUUAUAUAACACAACUACAUCAGCACACAUUGCGGAAAAGACUACCACUUCUGCAUUGGACUGUGCAGCCGUAGAAAAUGCUGUCGAGUCUCCAGCUUGACCAGAGCCCAAAUCAAUAGUCUUCCAAGACUGACAGUUGUAUACUAUUUCUGACACAACAAUAAUAAGUAGAAUCAAUAUCUGCAAUAUUGAAGCUGUUUUAUUUUUCACUAGCUUUUUGUAUUUUCUUUUUCAGGAACGUGAUGACUGGGUACAAGCAAUAGAACAGCAGAUUCUUUCAUGUUUACAGUCGAAUGAGAGUGGCAGGGAAAAGGUAAUGCAUGUCAUGGUGGGUUAUGGUCAAGUCGCCCGAAAGUCAUCUUGGCAGAAGUUCUGUCACCUGAAAUUUUUAGUUAAGUCUCCCGAAAUGCUGAGUUAUGUUGACCAAAUUUUUAUCAUGCUCAACAAAAUCCUAACAUUUUUAUCGUGCUUGUUUUGUCUCAGCAAAUCUUAAAGAACGAUAUAAAGUGCAUACACUCUUUAUUAACUCUUUAUGACUUUUGGGUGACUUGACUGGUUACCCUGUGGAUGGUGAUAAUGAAAAUCAUGCAACACAGUCUGUUAAACAGCCCCCUGCAAACAGAGGCUCCUUUUAUCUCAUUAUAAUGGAGGGGAAAAGGAGGUUCAAGUGGCUCUGCCUGAAUUGUGUCAAGUCUUUGAAGUUACCGCAGCCCAAACUUCUAGGCUAGUCAAUCAUAUUUUUAUCUUGUCAUACUGGUUUUUUUCAAUUGCGAGCAUCUGUUUAUUGAUAAACCGAUGGUCAUAACCGAGUCCUCUGUACCAAGUGCACAGCUAUUAGGCCUGGGUUCAAAACUGUAUCCUAGCAACAUUCAGCACAUGCUCAACAAAGGUCUUACCCUCUCCCAGUUUUUGUUUUUGGGUAUGAUAAUGUAUGCUAAUGAAGUUGAAACAAAAAAGCAAAUAAAUAUUACCUGAGAUGAAAAUUAACUACAACAUACUGAUACAUAUAUAUAUUUUUCGUUUUAGACACGGGGUAGUAGCAGUUCAUCAGCGAAUGGUUUUGAUAUGCUGUCAAUUAGAAACACGGAUGGGAAUGAUGUUUGUGUAGACUGUGGUGCACCAAGUAAGUUGGUUGUCCUGUGACACUUUUGCUAUACAUUUUAAAGUUGUCGGUAACGUUGUUUCGCCUCAUUAGCAAAAAUAGUAUGACUGCAUUUAAUAAACGCUAUAAAUUGUGAAAGUUUGGUUGAUCAGGUCCUCUCUGACUGUGUCUUCCUUAUUUAGCAUACACUAGCAUAAAUAAAAUUUUAAUUGGAAACAGUAAAGUAUUUUCCAAAAAAUAAACUGAAAAGCAACUCUAACUGAAAUACAGAGCACAACACAGAAAGCACAGCUUAUGAAGUCAAUUCUAUAGCAAACCUAUGCUUACAGUGAUUACAGAGUGAGCAUAAUUUACGAGUUCAGUUGAAUUUUUGUUGUUAGCAAGUGAUUCACAAUGCAAGAUUUUCCUCCGUCUGUUUAAUGACCUCCCACGCAGACGUUCUUAGAGCUUGCUUCGGUUGCCUUCCUGCCCGACCAACAUCUUCUGAAACAAGCGUUUAAAUUCCUUUUCCAUUUUUUUACAAAUAUCAGCUGGAGAUCGGCUGCAAAUUACCUGAGAAUCAACCAAAUACGUCUGUGUGAGAGAAUAUCUGCUUAAUUGCUAAAUGGCUGCAUCUAAACCCUUUAGUCCCAAGAGUGAUCAAAAUUCAUUUUCUAAUAAUGAUAUCAACACAUAAUCCAGAGAAAUGUUGUGAGAAUUAAUAAAGUGAUCAGCCUUCGGAAAAUGCUUUGAUCUGCAAACAAGUUCUCUCAACUAAUUCUGUAAGGGAAUGUAUGGAGAUCAGUUUGGAGAAUUUGUAUCUGGAUAUUGGGGCUUGAAGGGUUAAUAACCAGUGUUCAUGCGUGUGUUCAUUCCCAGAUCCCGAUUGGGCAUCACUAAAUCUCGGAGCACUGAUGUGCAUAGAAUGUAGUGGAAUGCAUCGAAACCUUGGUACACAUUUGUCCAGAGUUCGAUCACUUGAUCUGGAUGACUGGCCGUAAGUAACUUCUUAAUAAUUGAGAAAUAACUAAAUUAUUUAUGAUUUAAGUAACAACAUACCAAAAGAUAAGUAAGGCUUAGAUUUUUCCUUAGUGGGGUACAUUUUUCUCGAUUAUAUUUCAUUGUCAGAGAUGCUGUUAACUGCGGGUCGAAAAUACGCCCCAUUUUUCGUUUCAUAUGCGUUCUUAUUCUGUAAGAGAAUGAUAGUCCGACCCAUUUUAAAGGUAUCAUCCUUCUCACAUUUUUUGAAUGGCCUGUAAAACAGCAUUUAGUUAAUAACAGACCAGGCGGGCAAUAUAUUAAUAUAAUAUGUUGUUUUUGUUAUUCAGGUUUGAAUUAACUGCUGUAAUCAGCUCAAUUGGUAACACUCUUGCUAACAGUGUAUGGGAAGGAAGGAUACAGAACAAAACAAAACCAUCACCGUCGUCUCCAAGGUAAAUUAAAAAUUACAGCAGUUUAAGGGUAAGAUAAUGAUGAAAUGGCUCUCGCCCUGAAGCCUAAGGUUCGUGUGAUCGCAACCAAGAAGAAGAAGAAAGCAGAAACGUUUCGAUGGAAUAGUUGAAAUGCGAACUUAUGACUUUCUUACUGUUAGUGACAUACUGCAAAGUAGGAAGGGGUCAGUUAAUUGGCAUGAUUAGGGUUAGGAUUGUGAUGAUAAUGAUGAUGAUGAUAGGGCUUUCAAGUUGCCCAGUAAAUACAAGGAGUCGGCGGGAAAUCAAGCAACGAGAAAUUGUUUGUCCCUAUUUUUCGUCUUUAUUGCUAUGAAAGUAGCCGGGGCCUUGUUAAGUUAAUAGUAGCCCUGAGAAUCCCCGGCCCGUAGCCCUUAAUGAUGUCAGUUUUCAAGCUAGUUACUUUUUUUGUUUGUCUGUUUCAAGUGAAUUCUUUGUUUUUCAGAGAAGAGAAAGAAAAGUGGAUACGGGCGAAAUACGAGGGGAAAGAAUUUCUUCAAGAACUUCCACCGAGCGAUUUUUCAUUAGGCGAAGUGAGUAUCCAAUGUGAUGUGAGCUCUUUAAAAGAUAGCCUUCAUUUGGUUUGUGGUUAGAACUAAGAGAGGUGUAGGCAUUUUUGAAAGCCAGAGAAAAUGGCUGAAGAAUAGUGGGGACAAACUCGCGAGUCCUUGUUAGGGACUGAGGUGGCCAUGAAGAGGAUGUAUAUGUUACAGGUCAAAUUUGAUUUCAGAUUAAUUUUUUUUAACCUAGGUUGAUUCUCUAUUUCCUUUGUCUCCUAGCCCUAAUCAGGAUGCAAAGAAAGUCAUUUUUACAGCUUGCCAGCAUUUACUAGCCCAAAUGUCAUUUCAACAAGCUCCAAAAACUUUUUGACGAGCAGAAUUGAUAUCACCGUUCUACUAUAAUUUAAAAUCCUCAAAAAACUUUACUUGCCCGUCUGCUGGCUACUUCAAUUUUUAUUGAAACCCCUGAGUUAAUUGUUUGAGGUAAAUUUAAAUAUUUCUGAUCGGGAGCGUUGCCUUUUACCUUGGCUAAAUCUCUAUAUUAUCUGAACAAAACUAAACAACGAUUUUAUUUAUUUUCAACAGCAACUCCUAGAAGCUGUAAUUAGAGAAGAUUUACCACAGUGUAUACUACUCUUGGCUCAUUGCACACCUGAAGAUCUUAACACCAUCUACGAAGACCGCGAAAGUAGCACACCACUUCAUUUAAGCUGUUCACUAGGAAAUAUUGUCAUUACGCAACUCCUUAUUUGGGUAGGUAGCGAGCACUAGAUGUCAUAGCUUCGGUUGUUCUAGGGUCCGAUCGAAAAGGCAACCUUUUUGAGGCUUCAGGUGUAUGAAAGGGUAGAGAUUCCCUAAGUUGAACUAUAUGAAACGGUAGGAAAAUCUGUAGUUUCAGUUGUGAAAAAGUCGAGAAAGCGUUCUGGUUUUGUGAUUUAUUCCGAUUCAUGUCUAUUGAAAGAUAGUGUUUUUGCAGCGGUUAAAACAGAUGCAUAGUUCUAAACUAGUUAUGUGAAAGGGGUACCAUUAAUUUUGUCAAUAGAAGCAAUACGAAAGGGGUACCUUUUCUGUCCAAAAUGGAAUAUAAAAGGGUUAAGGAUCGGAUCUCGGAGCGGAGCCUCCCCAUGUAACAUUUUGUUGAGUACCCGCGGGGGUCUUUCCUGCUUUUUACUUUUUAUUUUGGAUUACGGGAUGUGGCUUAAACGCACUUUUUUGCAAUGCUCAGACAUAACAACGUAAAGCGUAUAGUGUACUUUUACCACCUUGGUGGCGGGAAAAUUCCCUUGAUUUUAAAAGGCAAUUCAAACCAUGCACUUUUGAAAACCUUUUUUGAUGUUAACGGAGUUUCGUCUCUCUUCCAGUAUUUUGCAGAUGUACGGAUUCUUGACGGGAGAGGUCGCUCAGCUCUGUGGCACGCAAAGAGUGCUGGGAGUAAAGAAUGCGCUGAUAUUUUGCGUCAUAACGGCUGCCAUGACCUGGGUACAAUGAUUCCUCAGGUGAGCCGGAAUGACGUGUUUCUUUGACACCGGAAGUCAACUGUCGAAGUCAUAACUCAUCAAACAAAUCAAAAAGGCAUUUUUGCAUUAAUCAAAGUGACAAAGCUACAGAGAUGAUGAUUAAUUCUGUCCAGAAGGUUAAAACGUUGCGUUGAUGACAUUUAGCGCAAUUUCUGUGCCUUCAACAUGCUGGCUUCAUGUAAGCAAAGAUUCUUCGUUCAAUUUGCGUAACACCCUUGCUUCUUUGGCAGUAUAUAUGAAAAGCGUGAUGCAUAUUCCUGUCACUGAGUAUUGAUGUCACGCAAUUUGAGUAGCAAGAUGUUUUAUCAAAUAUUAGAAAUUAAUGUAUGAAGUUUUGAAGUUAUCAUUACGAAAAUUUACUGUUGGUUUACUUCAGUUGUGCAACACCAUUAGGCUGAAAAAAGAAUUGAAGGCUGCCAAAAUACUGAAAGGAUAUCAGUGAGAGAAAAUUUUACAUUAUGAAGAAAGCACUAUAAGAGUUGUAUUUAUUGUUCUUAGAAAAAGUGUAUAUAUGUUAUUAACAUGAACGUGUAUAUAAAUAUAUUGUUAUUUCCUUGAUAUUAUGAGGCUUAUCACAGAGGCCAUCGUACAAAGUGUACACGAAAGGUAUAAUGCGGGAGUAGAAGCACAAAAGGGGUAUGUCGCAUACUAAGAUGUAUUGCUAAAUAAAUUCAUGAUAGCCUGUUCACGGACCUUCAAUUUUCUCUUUAGAGAUCAUAGAGCGUACGUAUGAAAAUAGAAACGGCGGGGAAUUUAUUGAAUUCACCGCUUUCGCGCGCUCGCCUCGCUCGCGUGCUCGUCGAUUUUAGAAAAGAAAAAGAAACCAAAAUCCGUGUAUAGGCUACAUUAAAGAAGCAAUUAGAUGUUUUCCUAAUCGGAAAAUCGCUUACAGUCGAAUCCCCCUUUAUACAGUCACUGAUUGAAUCAAAAAUGUGUCCCUUAUUAAGUGUACGUAUUAAUUACAAAAAAAAAGGGUUCAUAGAAGCAAAAUAUCAAAAACAGAACAUUAACAUCAACAAACUAAACAUCACUAACGUACAAAUAACAAUUAUUCCGUGGACUAAGUGUAUCAGAAUAGGCAAAAGUGUUCAAAAGGCUCUUAUUUAUUCUUUACUUAAUUUAUUUUAUACUCGCUAGAACUAAGUCUAAUUUGUUACUAAAAUACAGUUAGUAAUGACAUGGAAAAGUUGUGAUUUUCUCAAUUAACUUCUCUUAAGGAGAAGCUCACUGCAGGACACAGUUAAUAAAGCAAUGUCCGUAUGUCUAUAUAAAUCCAUGUUGAUCGGGCAAGAAAUAUCGUCCGUGUCCGUAAAGCGGGGUUCGACUGUACGGCCUCACUCAACCAUGAGAUCACAACAACAGAAAAAU